ACCGACUACUGCAUAAAAGUUCUGUUUUUCUAUCAAGACUUGAAAGAAUCAUCGGCCUUCUCCACUAUAUUCCAAGCAUCGGCAAUUUGAUCGACUGCCCUUUUCUUAAUACUCACCAAUUCAUAAAGUAGAAGGGGAAGAAGAGGGAAUUGGAGAAGGGAAGUGACAGAAAUGGGGCAGCCCAGUAAAGAGCCAUGUAAGAAACAAGCCUGCGAUAUUCAAGCCUGCCUCUCCAAGAACAAUUUCCUUCCGCAAAAGUGUGUCAAAGUUAUCCAGUUGCUGCAAUCUUGCUGCGAGCAAUGUGAAUAUAAAUCAACACAUUGUGCAUCAGUAUCGGGUCUUCUGAAGCAAAUCAACAAGUAAACCUUGGAUGGCUUGUUCAGGCUCAAGGCAGAAAUUUUUGUUGCUUUUGCUAUUGGCCAGAUCAAUGAUUCAGUGUCUAUAAAUGCUAAAUUUUGUUGCACACAAGUUGUAAAUUGUAAUAUUAGAGUUUCUUAACAAAUUCCGAAUCCUUGGUGGAUGUCCAGAAUAAUUUAUUACAGUCCUCUGCUUAGACACAGAGAGAGAGGACCGGAAAGGUGUCAACCAUUACUCUCUUAUAAAGCCUGCAUGGAUAUUCCAA